AUGUCUUUCAGGGCUAGUUUGAAGGUACCAAAGUAUGGUCUGUUCUAUUUCCCAAUAGACCAGACUACUAGUAUUAUUCCUAUUAAAAAUAUCCAAAAAGUUGUCCAAGGAGACAAUGUAAGUAAGGGUAGCAAAGUAAUGGUUAAGUUCGAGAGGCAAGUUUAUCAAGCAGAAAUAAUCGGUGUUAACGGUACGUGUGCUCAUUUUUGGUUUACUAGUAUUCAAUUCUAUUGUGUUCGUUUAACUUUAGAGUAACUAUACUCAGGCUUCCUUUUACGUUGUCUAAACAUCUGCUUAUACUUCAGAUGAUUUUUCCGAAUUGCGCGAAACGGAAUCUAAGUUUCUCGAGGACCUGUGA